GGUCUUUCCGAAAACAGCCGAGCACCUGGAGGCGUGCCGUGUGAGUGGAGCUAAAGAGUGACGAGCACGCGCAGCUUGUAAAUAAGUAAAUAACAGUGUAAAUAAGUCAGAAUACAUGAAAUAGCAUUAGAUCACCCCUUUAAAAUAGCAUAAUAGGGGCAUAAUAAGUCCCAUGGAAAUAUUGAUAUGCUUGACUUCUGUGACCUUGAGGGUCAGUGGGAGGAGUCUGGGCUUUGAACAGCUGCUGUCCAUUUCACUGAGAACCCAAUGACUUCAUCUCUCUACACACACACACACACAGAUGUAGAGGGCAGCUGUUUCUCUCUGGCUGCCAGAGACACAGACAUCUGCUGUAUCUGCUUUUUACCCAGACAUUCAGUCCUCCUUGUCCUACCUCUUUUCACAUCAUAUUUAUUUUUUUUUUUUACUUGAAGUUCUGUUUUCUAUGUAUCGAAGUGACAAAAAGAGCCAUCCAAAUUGUCCCAGUGCUGUAAUAUUAAAGAACACUGUAUUUUUUUUUGUUUUUCGUUUUCUUGUUCUCUUUUGACUUUUUAUUCAUUUUGUCUCUUCUAUCUCAGUUCUCAGAUCUCAUCUUCACUCUCUCUUUCUCAUUAUCUCUUUCGCACUCUUUCGCAUUUGUAUUCAUCUUGUCCCCUGUUAAUGUUCUGAGCCCUUCUGUCACUCUGAUUGGCUGUGAUGUUCUGUCAUAUGGCUGUCUGAUGUGCGUUGGUGUUUACAAACAGGCGUGGAGGACAGUGGGAUAGUGUCAGUCAGCUGAUCGCAGUCUGUUCUGCUAGAGAGGAGUCCUCCAUUCCUUAUAAACCACAGCAGCUUUUGGAAGUUAUGCUUGACCCUUCAGAUUUGCACCGCUGUCCUUAGUGUGAAGAUUUAGGUGAGGCACAGAGUCAACCAUUCUUCUGCUGAGCACAUUGAGCACAUUUAAAGGAGAGGAGACGUGGAAAAGAGGAGGAAAGAAGAGAGAGAGAGAGAAAGAGAGAGAGAGAGAGAGAGUGGCCUGCCUGAUGGCAGAGAGCUGGAUGUCCCAGUGAGGUCAGGUCGGACGGGAGGUCAUGGGGUCGUUUACGCUGGGGAAGGCUGCUUCCCUGGAGCUACUGCUGGAUGCCUGCAUUCAUGCAUUUGAUGAUGAAGGAGAGCUGCAUGAAAAUCAGCUUCCUCGAACCCUUCUGCUGAUGCAUCGCUGGUAUGUGUCCUCCACCGAGCUCGCUGGGAAACUUCUGAUUAUGUAUCGUGACUGUCGGGGAGAUGACUGCCAGCGGACACGACUGAAGAUCUGUUAUUUAAUGAGGUACUGGAUAGCUGAAUUCCCUGCAGAGUUUGAUCUGGAUCUAGGUUUGAUCCGCCUUACAGAAGAAUUUCGAGAUGCAGCCGCUCAGCUGGGUGGUGACGAGCACAUUAAACUACUUGACAUUUCUACAAUCCCCUCGUAUGACUGGAUGCGUAAACUGACUCAGCGAAAGAAGCAGGUGAAGAAGGGCAAAGCGUCACUGCUGUUUGAUCACCUGGAACCCAUUGAGUUGGCCGAACACCUCACCUUCUUAGAGUACAAGUCCAUCAGGAGGAUAUCGUUCACAGAUUACCAGAGUUACGUGAUUCAUGGCUGUCUAGUUGAUAACCCCACAUUAGAGCGCUCCAUCGCUCUGUUUAAUGGGAUCUCUCAGUGGGUUCAGCUGAUGGUUCUUAGUAAACUCACCCCUCAGCACAGAGCAGAGGUCAUCAACAAAUACAUCCAUGUUGCACAGAAACUGCUCCACCUGCAGAACUUUAACACACUGAUGGCUGUGGUCGGGGGUCUGAGUCACAGCUCGAUUUCCCGCUUGAAGGAAACUCAUUCUCACCUCAGCCCAGAGGUUACAAAGAUCUGGAAUGAAAUGACAGAACUGGUUUCGUCAAACGGUAAUUACUGUGCUUACCGCAAAGCCUUCAGUGAAAGCGAAGGGUUUAAGAUCCCAAUCCUAGGCGUUCACCUGAAAGACCUGAUUGCCGUGCACGUGGUUUUCCCAGACUGGGUGGAGGAUGGGAAAGUGAACAUCGUGAAGAUGCAGCAGCUGUAUCUCACCUUUAAUGAGCUGGUGUCCCUGCAGAGCGCUGUGGCUCAGGUGGAGCCCAACAUGGAUCUGAUCUACCUGCUCACUCUGUCCUUAGAUCUGUACUACACAGAGGAUGAAAUUUAUGAGCUGUCCCUGCUCAGAGAACCCCGUAACCCCAAAUCUCAGCCAACAUCACCCACAACACCCAACAAACCUCUGGCUCCACUGGACUGGGCCUCUGGGGUCACAACCAAACCAGAUCCUUCAGUGGUCAACAAACACAUCAGGAAGGUCGUAGAUUCUGUCUUUCGAAACUAUGACCACGACCAUGACGGAUACAUAUCUCAGGAAGACUUUGAGAGUAUCGCUGCAAAUUUCCCUUUCCUCGAUUCCUUCUGCGUGCUUGAUAAAGACCAGGAUGGAUUGAUCAGUAAGGAUGAGAUGAUGGCGUAUUUCCUGCGUGCCAACCCGCUGCUGCAGUGUAAGAUGGGUCCUGGAUUUAUUCACAACUUCCAGGAGAUGACCUACCUGAAGCCAACAUUCUGUGAACACUGCGCUGGAUUUCUCUGGGGAAUUAUUAAACAAGGAUACAAGUGCAAAGACUGUGGAGUGAACUGCCAUAAACAGUGUCGUGAGCUGCUGGUUUUGGCAUGCCGACGUCUUCCUCGGUCCACAUCGCUGGGCAGCGUGUCUCCUGGAGUGCUUACACACAGCUCUUUACCCAGCAGCCCCAACCUGCCCACCUGCAAAGAUGAUGAUGAGGUGUUUACAUUCCCUGCUGUGUCGCCAUCGUCAGGCUCUGACCUGGAGGGGAAGUCCAUCACCCUGAUGACCGGUUCAGCCCAGCGCAUCUCAGUGCGGCUCCAGAGAGCCACCACCAGUCAGGCCACGCAGACAGAACCCCUGUGGCCCGAGAACGGCUGGGCUGCCGUUGCUGACAGUGGGUCGCACACCUUCCCCAAAAUGAGGUACAGGCCACACCGCAAAGCGUCCAAGAACAAAGGCUUUGCUCGUUGGGAGAAUGAUUCGCAGAGUUCGACAGGGACGAGGAACAGCAGGAACUCACAGGAGCACAGCGAAGAGUCACAGCAGAAUGGACUCGCAGAACAACAUAUGAACAAAACCAGGACCUCUGAGAUCAGCUGACUUGACCGCCCUGUGGGCCCAUGCCGGACACCCUGGAGCCUGUCAGGACCGCGGCCCAGAGGGCUCUCCUCUCUAGGGGGCGUGCUGGGGUGCCUCAUGCCUCCAGUGGAUCAGGAAUAGGGCCACUAUUUCUACAGCCGCAGCAACAGAGAGGCGGCAAGCAACCCGCUGACUGAACUGGGGGAAGGGCCGCAUCAAAGGAAAGGUCUCGGAAUAAACAGAGAGUGACUGUGAUGUGCUGUCCUGUCCUGUGUAUCAGACUGUAACAGGCAGGUUGGAAACUUAACUGAGAAUCACUGGAAGCUGAUGUGAUGGAUGCAUCAGCACGAUAAUAGAUGUGUGAGAAAGAGUAUUUAAGGUGUGCCGUUGACGGGUUUUCAACGCACGCUCCAAAAACACUACACGGAAAGGACACAAUGGAUGGUUAUAUUCAGGUUGUCUGAAGAUGAAGGUGGAACUGGCACGUGAUGUUACAGAGGGAAAGAUGAAGAUGAACUUAUGUAUGAUAGAAUAUUAAAACACUAACUUCAUUUAUGUGUUACCCAGCAACACAUUAUAAUCUGAAGUGGAAGGUACGUCGAGUUUUUACACGCUUUACCCCAAAUAUAAUUCAAACAAAAACAUCUACACUCUUAUAAAGAUUGUUUCUAACAUGGUUUGCACCAAAAGUUGUGUCUCCUGUGCUUGAGAAAAUCCAGACAAGAGUCCAUGAAGAUGCCUUGUAACAUUGAUAUCUAAUAUAAGGUUGAAAUUAUCUUCAUAUAUACAUAAAUUCAGAGACUUAGAUUCUGCAGAUACAGGUGUGCCAUCGGCCUGGUGUUUGUAUGGCCUCUGUUGCUAAGCGCCAGAUGGGUCCAUCGAUAGUCCAUCACCAAGGCAACACAGUGUCCUUCAGCGCAAUAUGUUGUGAAAUAAGUUUGACACUCAGAUAGUGCAGCUCAGAUAGAGCCCAACAGGCUCAGAUGGGACAGGCCACAUACAAUCAUUUUUGCAGACUGUGUGUGUGUGUGAGGGAGAGAGAGUCAGAAACCACACAGGUGGAUCAACAGAUCAAAUAAGACAAACAGUGAUUAUAGUGAGUCUUUGAGCCUAUAGGAUUAGAUGUUCUUCUGGCACCACAAUUAUAGAUUUAAAAGGCCCCAAAAAUGAACAUUCUGUCAAUAUUUACUCACCCGCAUAGCUUUCGAAACUCAAAUGAGUUUUUCUUUUGUGGAAAACUCUUUUUCAUACAAUGAAAGUGAAUUGUUACCAUGUCUAUGAGACAAGACGUUCAACCUAAUUUCAUUUUUUUGCUCUCAAAAAAUACAUAACAGGCUUAAAUCGAUAGUUCACCCAAAAAUGAAAAUUCUGUCAUGAUUUCCUCACCCUCAAGUAGUUCCAAAUGUGUGUGAAUUUCUUUGUUCUGCUGAACACAAAGGAAG